GAGCUGUGUAAAUUGGUAUUCAGUCAGGGAACAUAAUAAGGCCCUAGUUUUCCCGAGCAGUGGCAUGAGUAAGCCAAGCCCUUAAUAACAGAAAAGACUUGAGGUUAAAAUCAGACUCCAGUCUCAUCUCAAGAUAACGGCAGCGUAUCGGCUAUUUAGCUUUAUUUUCAACUCGAGUGAAAGUCAUGUCCGGUGAUGGCGAAGUCAGAGAAAAACAUAGAGAAGUGCGAUGUUGGUUGGAGGAAAUGUUUGGUGAUGACACAGUCCCACAGUAUGAGAUUAAUGUCAAGACAGUGUCAGUGCUACAUGAUCUGAUGACCAGAUGUAAGGAGAGGGAUAGAGAUAAGCAAAUUGUCAUCGAUGAUCUCAAUGAGAAGACAGUGGAAUACAAUGCCGAAGAGAAGCGAUUGUCAUCGAUUUUGGAGAAUGUAGGUCUUUCUCCUAGUAGUCUCUCGCAGUCUGGGAAUGUAAGUCUGCGGACCCUUUCAAACAUUGCUCAAACUCUUGACCUUCAAGUUGCCUCAGCAAGCAACUAUUAUCUGGCGAUGACGGAUCUUACCAGAGAGUUGAUAAAAUUGGAGGACAAACGGCAAGAAGAGAAUAUUUCAAACCAGAAACUCUUCAACAAAACCAAGAUAGCUAUGAUUAAAACAGAAUCACUCAAGAAAGCUAUGGUGUCUUUAGAAGAACAAGCCAAAGAAGAAGGACCGAAGCUUGAAGAUAAGAUGAGACAAGCAGGCUUUUUUCAGAGUAAAUCAAAAGAGUACGAUGCCCAACUAGAAAACCUUGAGUACAAACUACAUGAGACUGGUGUAGAACCUUCAUUUUAUCAUCAGAGUCUGGUUGCAUUAUCACAGGAAUUAGAAUCCCUUGAUUCGAGAUUGUCUCCUUUGAAAGCUAAACUAGAUAGCUACCAGAAUCUUCCACCCAAUGAGUCGUUAGCCAAAGUGAAGGUAGAAGAAGCAAAAAGGCAAUUGGCGGCUAUGGAAGCUGAGUUAUCAAGGAAAAUUGACAUGAUGCAUAUGUGAGAUGGCUGAGAAGUUCUGAUCAUGACGUUACUGGAUGAACCCAGCAAAGCUUCCUCAUCAAAAUAAAAGAAGAAACAUGUUGACUACUCAAUCCAUUACUUCACAUAGACAGAAAUUCUUUUAGUGCAUUUUAUUCCUAAAAGUGGACAUCCAUUUGAUCAUUUCAUUCGCAACUUUGCACAAAACGUUUCCCUGUCCAUGCCCCUUUGCCCUGUAAUGAGCAUUAAUGUUUUCCUUAUGGAAUGUGUGUCUCCCUGUCAUUCUAUUGUUUUAAUGUUUGUAGGUCGAGUCCUACUAGUUAUCAUAAUCUAUACACUAAGCAAUAAAAAGUAGAGACUUUACUAGAACAGCAUGUUCUCACAAGAAUUAAAGUUGGCUAUUACUUCAGUGAUCAGCCUUGCACAGUAGUUUGGAACAAUUAGAAUUCUCACUGAAUUACUUAAUACCACUCGGGUAUUUUGGGUAUUUUCAGCCAUAAAUUUAGCAUCUAUUUCAGAGUUUCUGUAUUGGAAGUAGUUAUUUUAUUAUGUAAAGCAAUUGCUACCAAUACAGAAACUCUGAAAUAAAUGCUAAAGUCAUGCUGGAAAUAUCACAUUGGUAAGUGUGGGAUAGCAAACAUAGGGAAAGACACAAGUAUUGCUGAAUGAAUCAAAUCUGCAAGUUUGCUACACAUUACUUUCUUGCAUGAUGCUCUAUGCCCCGUAACAUGUGAAUCUUAGCGAUUGAUUUCUGCGAUUGAUUGCACUAAUUACUGUGUAUGAUCAAUUGUAAAAAUUAGCCCCAUAAUCAAUAGCUAAGCUUUAUGUUACGGGGGCCGGGUCAAAAGUAAGGAGUGUCUUGGAACACAGAUAAGUGCCCACUUCAUAACAUAUAUGUAUUUCUUAUACAGUGUACCAUUUAUAAGUUGGAGCAACACUUGAGUCAGGAUCCAGUGGUGUUAAAUUGUGUAAGAAUGUAUUCCAUUUUCUUCCUGCUAUUUAUAUGCUGUAUAUAUUGUACAUUUGUAAAUACAUAUAGAAACCAAUAAAAUUGCAUAUUAUAAUUUGAA